UACACAAGUAUUCUCUGCUUCGACGGUUGUGUUCAAGCUGUUGGGGAGAGAGAGAGAAUGCAGGGCUUAACAGCACCCGUUGCUGCGUUCCCGGCCACAGCGGCACUGCUCCGACGACGGACCGCCGGUGCCGGGACACAGCAGGUUCAGCAUGCCCUACCCGGGCGUGCUCGGAGCUGGCGACGUCAGCGAUCUCAUCAGGGGUUCAUCGUGGAGGCAAUACAGGGUGAAGCACCUGAGGCAGUUGCACACAAACCAGUCGUUGGGAAGACACAUCAGCAUAAGGGUGAGCCAAGACACAUCGACGAAAUGAUCGACACCGUCAGAGCUGCUUUGAGGUCGGUGGCCGGCGGUGAUAUAAGUGUCUCCCCAUAUGACACGGCAUGGAUCGCGCUUGUGAGAAAGCUGGACGGUGGAGAAGGUCCGCAGUUUCCCUCAUGCAUCGAGUGGAUCGCUAAGAACCAGCUCCCAGAUGGCUCAUGGGGCGAUGGCGCCUUCUUCUUAGUCCAAGACCGGCUCAUCAACACCUUGGCUUGCAUCAUCGCUUUGAAAACUUGGAAUGUUCAUAGCGACAAGUGCAACAAAGGACUGUCGUUUAUCCAUGAAAAUAUAAGGAGACUACCUGAGGACGACGAGAAUUGGAUGCUGGCUGGUUUUGAGAUAAUCUUCCCAACGCUGCUAGAGAUGGCAAAGGAUAUAGGCCUUGACAUACCUUGUGAUGAGCCCACGUUGCAAGACAUAUAUGCGAAAAGAGAUCUAAAACUCGCUAAGAUUCCUAAAGAGUUACUGCACUCCGUCCCAACAGCUUUGCUUCUUAGCUUAGAGGGAAUGCCAGAUUUAGAUUUAGACUGGGACAGGUUAUUCAAACUCCAGUCUCCAGAUGGCUCCUUCUUGUCGUCAGCAGCUCCGACAGCUUAUGCUCUUAUGCAAACAGGCAACAAGAAAUGCCUCGAGUACCUUACUGACAGCGUCAACACGUUCAACGGGGGAGCACCCUUUACCUACCCCAUGGAGUUGUACGAGCGCUUAUGGGUUGUCGACCGGUUGGAGCGGUUGGGCUUAUCCUCCUACUUCAGGAGUGAAAUUGACAGUUAUUUAGACUACGCUUACAGGCACUGGAGUGAUGAUGGCAUAGGUUUUACCUGGCUCUGCACGGUGGUGGACAUCGAUGACACGGCCAUGGGUUUCCGUCUCCUCCGGCAGCACGGCUACCCAGUCUCUACUAAGGCCUUAAAGUAUUUCGAGAUGAAGGAUGGCGAGUUCGUGGUGUACCUGGGGCAGACCAACCAGUCGGUGAGCGCGAUGUACAACCUGUACCGCGCUGCUGACCAGGCCGCCUUCCCGGGUGACGAUGCUGUUAUCCAGCGGGCCAAGGCCUACAGCUCUGCAUUCCUUCAGAAGAGGCGAGCCUCUGGCGACCUCAACGACAAGUGGAUCAUCUCCUCGGGCUUGCCUGGUGAGGUCACCUAUGGCCUUGACUUCCCCUGGAAGGCAAAUCUGCCGCGCGUUGAGACGAGGAUGUAUCUGGAGCAGUACGGUGGCAGUGACAAUGUGUGGAUUGGGAAGGUCCUUCACAGGAUGCAUCUCUUCAACAACAAUUUGUUCCUUAAGUUGGCAAAGGCCGAUUUCAGCAACUUCCAGAGACAGUGCCGGCACCAGUUGCAGGGCCUCAAAAGGUGGUGUGAGAAAAACAAUCUUGAAAUGUAUGGGGUGACUCCACAAAGCGCUGUGACAGCCUACUUCCUGGCAGCAGCCAACAUCUUCGAACCACACCGAGCGGAGGAGCGUCUGGGAUGGGCGCGCACAGCGGUGAUGGCCCAGGCCAUCUCUUCAUGCUUCCUGAGCAGCAACAUUUAUGUUACUGAAAGUAUGCUGGAAGGGCUCAUUAGUGAACUUACUAGUGACGGCCACAAUCUUGCAAGGCGUGGAGGGAAGUAUCCGACGACGGAGAAUGGCCUCCUCAAUGCACUUCGUGAGCUGAUCGAUCUCUUUGCACCUGGAAAAGAUGCUUCUGACAAUCUCCAUGAAGCUUGGAAGACAUGGCUGACGGAAUUGACUUCGAACGGUGGCCAUGAAUCAUGUGAAGGAAACACAGCACUAUUGUUAGUUCGCACAGUGGAGAUCUGCUCAGGGAGACACUGUUUAGCCAACCAGAAUAUGAAGCUCUCCGAGUAUUCCCAGCUUGAGAAGCUUACCUAUUCCAUCUGCAGCAAACUUGGCUCUAGGAUUCUUUCUCAGGUCAACCAGAAUGGAACAACCACGGAGAACACUGAGAAUUUAGAACAACAAGUAGAUCAGGAGAUGCAAGAGCUGGCUCAGUGUGUUUUUCAGAGCUGCGACGCUAUAAGCAGGGUGACCAAGCAGACAUUUCUCCAUGUGACUAGGAGCUACUGCUACGUUGCUCAUUCUUCACCUGAAACAAUCGACAGUCACAUCUCCAAGGUCAUAUUUGAGGAUGUCGUUUAGGGCAUUCCCAACCAAGAAACUAUAUGUAGUAGUAUCUAUGACAUGCCAUGUCACAUAGACACUGCCUAUGAAACUGUAGUUUGCAAUGCAUAAUUUGUAAUUGUGGUUACAAAAUAAAUUCUUCAAAUGGUCUUUCUCCUCUC